AUGCCGCUGGAUUGUGGAGAAAAUCGGUUCAUUGUCUCCGAUGACGUUGCUCAAAGCUCCCAACCCGUCAAAGUGAACCUAUUUCCCCUUCAGCGAAAAUUUUUGUGUUUCUCAGGUCCAUGGAUGUCCGAUAUCUAAAAUUUUGCUUCGAGCGAAUCCUGACCUCGACUCCAUGGCUUUUCGAACGCAACUUUUUGUUGGCUCUCCUGUCAACUUCGUCGUCGACUUCAUCUACGGAUCCUGCGCUGUUCAAGGUCGCAUUUAGAAAAAACCGGUCGGAAGAAAACUUGCACAAAUUUCUGAACUUCAUGAUUUGAGUUUAUUUGUUUUGAUAACUACUUUAAACUGCUUUCGAGACCCGUAACAUUUGACACUAUAAAUUUUGCGUCGCCCCUUCAGUUUUCCUCUCAUCGGCGAUGUCAAUGAAAUGUAGAAGGGGCACGCAGUUUUGUGAAUCUCUUGUUCUAGAAGCGGAAUUGUGUUCCGAUGGGCUGAUCUGGCGUCAGUACGAAAAUCACGAAGAAGCACCGCUCCUUUCCAAUCAACGCUGUCUUUUCGGCAAGCUACACUCUUCUGACGGACAAGAACUUUGUCGUCGAGAACGUAUAACUGCUGAAAAAUCAGUUUUUGAUCAAUUUUUAGCUGCAGGCCAAGUCGAGCCGCGAUACUUCAUUCAAGAUCUUGCGUCGGAGGAGACGCUCCUCAUCGGUAACUCGAUUGUACCUGAUCAGGUUGAUUCACUCGAAAACAGAUGAAAACUUGUUUCUAGGCGGGCUUUUAUUCUUACCGGGCCGUCGUUCGCGGAAACUCCUCGAUCAAGUCUGAAAUCCUGACUGUCGAAAUCAGCGAAAAGCAAAGAAACCGAGUCAAACGAGAUGCUGUCAGUUGAUAAAUCUCUUAGAUAAAAAAAGAGAAGAAUUCAGAGUGACGGUUACUGCGACUUCACUUUCACAUCAACGUCUUCAACAACGUCUUCAACAACGACGUCUACAACGACGUCUACAACGACGCCUACAACCACGUCGACGACGACCACGCAAAUGUCCCUGACGCCACCUUCAAGUAGUAAGCGCCUCCUCUUUACCACAAAACAGGUUCAAAUAAAAAAAAGAAAAGAAAGUUGGGAGCGGUCAACCCCCAAGAGUGCCGUUUGGUAAUAAAAGACUUGUGCGUUCUUAAAAACCUCAACAAGAAAUUUUGCUAAAGAAAAAUCUUAAUUUCAUUUUCUUCAAGCCUGAUAAUCCUGCUUUAUUGAUAUUAUUUUCAUUUCAGUGAAGUUUGGAAAACAUUUCACAUAAUAUUCAAUAAAUCAAAUCUUAAAUCGGGGCAGCAAUUCGAAUUUUUUUUUUCAGCUACCGUCAGUGUCCAAAACUGUGAGACUUUUUCUAUCUACUCGUCCCUCGGAACUUGCGUUUCCUUUUCCACGACAACCACCAGCGUCACCUCGACCACGACUACACCCACGACCACCUCGUCGACUUCGACUUCGACUUCGACUUCGACUUCGACUCCUACUUCGACUUCAACUUCGACUUCGACUUCGACUUCAACUUCAACUCCUACUUCGACUUCGACUUCGACUUCAACUUCAACUUCAACUCCUACUUCGACUUCGACUUCAACCCCUCUUUCGACUUCGACUUCAACUUCGACUUCAACUUCGACUCCGACUUCGACUUCGACUUCAACUUCGACUUCGACCUCGACCUCGACCUCGACCUCGACCUCGACAUCCGAUUCAACUUCCACUUACGCUCCGACGUCUAAAUUGACUCCGGCUUCCACUCUUGAUUUUAAUUCUCUUUCAACUACUGAUUCGAUUUCUACUUCUCCUUUGGCUCCGACUUUAUCUUCCACCUACACGUUGACUCCGACUCCCACUUCGACUCCCACUUCGACUUCUACAUCGACUUCUACUUCGACUUCUACUCCUACCCCUACUUCUACUUCUACUUCUACUCCUACUUCUACUCCUACUUCUACUUCUACUCCUACUUCUACUUCUACUUCUACUUUAUCUUCUACUCCCACCUCUACUUCUACUUCUACAUCUAGGUCUACGACCAUGUCUAGUCGAAUGACUACGCCUACAUCAACGUCAACGUCCACAUCUAAGUCUACACCUGCUACUACAUCAACGACUACUUCUACGAUGACUUCACUUCCCACCAGUAAAAAAACCCGAAAUUCGACUUAUUCUAGCACAAGCACUCCUACCACGUCUACAACAGAAUCCUCAAGAAAGCAUUCGAAUACGACUUCCAGCACAACAUCAACCAAAAUUUCGACUUCCAGGUAUAUCUGGUUGUUUUUUCGAUUUCCAGGUUUUUCUCUCGUCGAUCAGAAAAAAAGCAGAAAUACAAAUGACAACUUUCACCAGAACUUAGGUCCAUUUUUCUUUCAAAUUUCUGUCUUUUAAAGAUUUUCACACACAACAUUAAAGUUGCAAUAAAAUGCUUUGCAUAAUGACUUUUUCUCGUAACUCUAUAACUUUUAGUGAUCAUGCACCUUCAUGUUUGAUUCAUCAAAAAAAAAAAAAAAUGCAAUUAAACUGCGACGCCGAGCCAAUCCUUUUUUUCAGUUCAUCAACGAGUACUACCACAAAGCCAUCCACCUUGACGAAAAACUCAACAAUAAGCAGCACCUUGACUUCAAAGUUAACGUCUCCUACGACUUUAGAAGAGAGGACUACGCUGACGUCUCUUACUUCUGCAGCAACCUCAAAAACAUCGCAAAGUUCUGA